AAAAUUAAAUACAUAAACUUAUCGUGUCAUGUCUGAAAAUCUUUGUGAUUGAAGAAACCAAAGACUGUGUGUUCUCUGAACUACAGUUAAUUCUCUCUCUUUUCUCAACUCUCAAGAGCCAAGGGCCAUUACGGAGAUCACCCAACAAUCAACAUCUUCUCUUUGGUUUAACCCAAAGAAAGAUCCGAAAAUGCUUAUGCUUUUAUUUUGUUCGUAAAAGAAAAGAAGCUCGGAGAUGAUGCUGGUUCUCUCAUCUUUGUGACUUUUUUGAAAGAAGAUCGAAGGCCCAUUUUCCAUUGGAAGAAAGGAGCAAUUAGUGCAUACUCAUGUUUAGAACGAGCUCUGUAAUAAAUUCGGUUGCUGUCUUAUGGUGAUUCUUUGUUGAUUAAGGAGUUUCAUCAUAUUAGUGUUGAAUUUGUUGAUGGCAUCAAUUAGAAGAACACUGUCUCCGGUGCCUCGACCGGGGACUCCUGUUACAGGGGAGGCUGAACGUUCAGUUCCUUCUCCUCUGUCGAAGUCGACAACGCCGCAGACUGGUGGCUUGUUAUCUUCUCUUAUAGGUUUAUCAGAUUCUCAAGCAUUGGUGUUCGGUGUUUUUUCGCCGAUAACUACUAGGCCUGUUGAUAGGCCGAAUCCGAAACACAAAGGACAAGUAUGGAGGAGGGCUCUUUUUCAUUUCUUCAUUUGUUUCCUACUCGGUUUUGUUAUCGGAUUGACAUCAUUCGUUUCCGUAGGCUUUUCUUAUAUGAACCUCAUUUCAGAGCAACAAGCAUUUGCUUUCGAGGUAGAACCGACUGUUGCAAGUUUCCAUACGCAUGAUGGUUCAGAAAGGAAUGUGACAUCAAUGGCGGAUAGCACUGAGGUUGAAAACAAUGUCACAUUGAAUCCAUAUGCAUUGGUGCAAAGACAGGGAAUGAUUGAAGGGAAUUUAGAUAAUGCCCUGACUAAUCAAUCACUUCCUCGAGAUAUAAAUCCGGGAUCCCGGAAGCUUUUGAUUGUUAUAACUCCAACACAUGCUCGACCGCAUCAAGCCUAUUAUCUAAACCGUUUGGCAUACACAUUAAAGCUAGUUCAACCUCCAUUAUUGUGGAUAGUUGUGGAGAUGACCUCACAGUCCGAGGAAACAGCCGGUAUCCUAAGAAAGAGCGGCAUUAUGUAUAGGCAUCUUGUUUGCAAAAAGAAUCUGACCGAUAUAAAAGACAGAAAUGUUCAUCAAAGAAAUGUGGCAUUAUCUCACAUUGAAACUCAUCGACUUGAUGGAAUCGUCUACUUUGCCGAUGAGUAUAACGUCUAUUCCAUCGAUCUCUUCGAGCAAAUGAGGCAUAUUAGGCAGUUCGGGACAUGGACCGUGGCCAAACAAACACAGGACAACAAUAGAGUUACACUGGAAGGCCCUGUUUGUAAUGGAACUAAAGUCAUUGGAUGGCACCUAAAUGAACUAAGCAAGAGAUACAGAAGAUUCCAUGCUGAAAUGCCGGGGUUUGCCUUCAAUAGUACCAUACUCUGGGAUCCAAGACGAUGGCAUCGACCCACUCUUGAACAGAUUAGACAACUCGAGACAGUCAAAGAUGGCUUCCAAGCAAGCUCAAUUAUCGAACAAGUCGUGGAAGAUGAAAGCCAGAUGGAAGGCUUACUGCAGGACUGCUCGAGAAUCAUGGUUUGGGAGCUUAAUAUCGAAUCUAAUUCCUUCUAUCCCCAAAAAUGGUUGAUGAAGAAUAACUUAGACGUUAUUGCUCCGCUUGCAUGAAAUUCCGAGUUUGAAAGGACUUGAUUUUGAACGUCAGGGUGAGUGUCGGCCCUUUCCCAAGUAAUCAAAAUAUUUGUUCAAAACGUUUUACAUAUGAAAAAUUAAAAAUCAACACAGAAUCUUUGUACAGCA